GUGCACGCGCCGCCUGCCGCCAGCGGGUCCCAGGCGCGCCCGGGGUGGGGGGACCCGGGGACCGGCUGCGCGCACGGCGCCUGUCGGCGCUGCAUCCCUCGCUCCGCUCUCCACCCCGCCCUGUGAUUGACAGGCAAGAUGUCGGUGUGGAGCGAGGCAGGAGCCUUCACUCCUGGAGCCCAGCGGCGGCAGCAGCAGCGGCGACGUCGGCGGCAGCAGCAGCAGCAGCAGUGUUAUCGCGGGGAGCAGACCGCAGCCAGCCGCAGUGGGCGCCGCAGCCGCGCCAGUCGUGCGCACAGCAUCCUGAGAGUGCGCUGAGCGUGGAGACCCGCGGACCAUGCCGUGUCACCGCGACCGGGAGGGGGGCAGGCGCGCUCCUUUUUGAUAUAAAAUCCAGCCGGCCAAAAAGAUUUAUAUACCUAUAAGUCCGCCCUUCACGGAGCCGGUGUGCGAAGCGUGAGCUCUAUUUCCCUCUGCCUCCUCCUUCCACUCCUCCUCCCCUUCCUCCUCCUCUCCCUCCUCCUCUUUCUCCUCCUCCUAAGUGUACAGACUGCACCCUACCACCUGGUUGGCUUCUGACAAACGGGCAUCUCUCCCUUUUUAGGGACCAGAGACACAGAGAAAGAGAGAGGAGAGAGACAAGGGACAUUCUAAUGCAGACUGCCUGAUACUCCCCCCCCAAAAAUAAUAAUAAAUUUUGGCUCUUGUCCCCUCCUCCAACCCCCACCCCCUCAAGCUUGUGUGAGAUGUUGGGUUUCUUCAGGAGACACUGCUGAGAAGUCGCAGUGGUUGGAGAGGCGUAGGGGGGUGGACUCCCUCUACCUCCACUCCCUCCCUCCCCCUUUUUUCUUUCUGGGAGGAGGUGGAGGAGGAGGAGGAGGGGAAGGGGGGUUGCAGAGCAAGCGAUGGAUGAGGAAAACAUGACGAAAAGCGAAGAACAGCAACCUCUGAGUUUGCAAAAAGCCUUGCAGCAGUGCGAGCUGGUUCAGAACAUGAUAGACCUGAGCAUCUCCAAUCUGGAAGGGCUUAGGACGAAGUGUGCAGCUUCCAACGACCUCACGCAGAAGGAGAUCCGGACCCUGGAGAGCAAGCUGGUCAAGUACUUCAGCAGGCAGCUGUCCUGCAAGAAGAAGGUGGCCCUGCAGGAGCGCAAUGCCGAACUGGACGGCUUCCCCCAGCUCCGCCACUGGUUCCGGAUCGUGGACGUGCGCAAGGAAGUCCUGGAGGAGAUCUCCCCUGACCAGCUGAGCCUGGAGGACCUUCUAGAAAUGACAGAUGAACAGGUGUGUGAGACGGUGGAGAAGUACGGAGCCAACCGUGAGGAGUGUGCCCGGCUCAACGCCUCCCUGUCCUGUCUCAGGAAUGUGCACACAUCAGGAGGGAAUCUCUCCAAACAAGACUGGAUCAUCCAGUGGCCCACCACGGAGCCAGGGCAGGACAACAACCCUGUGUGCCCCCCGGAGCCCAGCUCGUGGAUCCACACUCCCCUCUCCCAGAGCCCCAGGGUCCAGUCCAAAUGUGUCCAGCCCUUCUGUCACAGCAGCCCUACUCCUGGAGCCCCCGUGUAUACCCACGUGGACAGACUCACUGUGGAUGCCUACCAGAGCUUGUGCCCGCCGCCACUUCUGGAAUCAGGCCACCGCUCCUUGCCCCCGUCACCCCGGCAGCGGCACGCAGUUCGCACCCCACCUCGCACCCCCAAUAUCGUCACCACCGUGACCCCUCCUGGCACACCACCCAUGAGGAGAAAAAACAAGCUGAAGCCUCCAGGGACGCCACCACCCUCCUCUCGGAAACUUAUCCAUCUGAUCCCUGGCUUCACGGCGCUGCACAGGAGUAAAUCCCAUGAGUUCCAGCUCGGGAACCGUGUAGAUGAGGCCAACACGCCCAAAGCCAAGAAGAAGAGCAAACCGCUGAACCUCAAGAUCCAUAGUGGCGUGGGAAGCUGUGAGAACAUCCCUGCCCAACAGCGGUCCCCACUCCUGUCCGAGCGCUCCCUGCGGUCCUUCUUCGUGGGCCACGCGCCCUUUCUGCCUUCCACCCCACCCGUCCACACGGAGGUCAAUUUCUCUGCAAACACACUGUCUGUACCACGGUGGUCACCGCAGAUCCCACGCAGAGACCUUGGCAACUCCAUUAAGCACAGGUUUUCCACCAAGUAUUGGAUGUCUCAGACCUGCACCGUCUGCGGGAAAGGGAUGCUUUUUGGCCUCAAGUGUAAAAACUGCAAGUUAAAGUGCCACAACAAAUGUACCAAAGAAGCCCCGCCCUGUCAUCUCCUGAUCAUCCACCGAGGAGACCCAGCAAGGUUAGUGCGAACGGAGUCGGUCCCUUGUGACAUCAACAACCCUGUCCGGAAGCCAGCAAGAUACUCAGAUCUACACAUAAGCCAGACGCUCCCCAAAACCAACAAAAUCAACAAGGACCACAUCCCUGUCCCUUACCAGCCAGACUCCAGCAGCAACCCCUCAUCCACGACGUCCUCCACACCCUCCUCACCAGCACCCCCUCUCCCUCCCAGCGCCACGCCGCCUUCUCCCUUGCAUCCUUCCCCACAGUGCACAAGACAGAAAAAGAACUUCAACCUGCCAGCUUCCCACUACUACAAAUAUAAGCAGCAGUUCAUCUUCCCAGAUGUGGUGCCUGUACCGGAGACGCCCACCCGGGCGCCCCAAGUCAUCCUGCAUCCUGUCACCUCCAAUACAAUCUUGGAAGGAAAUCCAUUACUCCAGAUUGAAGUGGAACCAACCUCGGAGAAUGAAGAGGGCCACGAUGAGGCAGAGGAGUCUGAGGAUGAUUUUGAGGAGAUGAACCUGUCCCUCCUCUCAGCCCGGAGCUUCCCACGCAAGGCCAGCCAGACCAGCAUCUUCCUUCAGGAGUGGGACAUCCCCUUUGAGCAGCUAGAGAUUGGCGAGCUCAUCGGGAAGGGUCGCUUCGGGCAAGUGUACCACGGACGCUGGCACGGUGAGGUGGCCAUCCGGUUGAUUGACAUCGAGAGGGACAAUGAGGACCAGCUCAAGGCCUUCAAGCGGGAAGUGAUGGCCUACAGGCAGACGAGGCACGAGAAUGUGGUGCUCUUCAUGGGAGCCUGCAUGAGCCCGCCCCACUUGGCCAUCAUCACCAGCCUCUGUAAGGGUCGGACUCUCUACUCUGUGGUGAGGGAUGCCAAGAUUGUCCUGGAUGUCAACAAAACCAGGCAGAUCGCACAAGAAAUCGUGAAGGGCAUGGGCUACCUCCACGCCAAGGGCAUCCUUCACAAGGACCUCAAAUCAAAGAACGUUUUCUAUGACAACGGUAAAGUGGUCAUCACGGACUUUGGGCUCUUCAGCAUUUCUGGGGUACUACAGGCUGGCAGGCGAGAAGAUAAGCUGCGUAUCCAGAAUGGCUGGCUGUGUCACCUGGCCCCAGAGAUCAUCCGCCAGCUGUCCCCUGACACAGAAGAGGACAAGCUCCCCUUCUCCAAGCACUCGGAUGUCUUUGCGCUUGGCACCAUCUGGUAUGAGCUCCACGCCAGGGAGUGGCCAUUCAAGACUCAACCAGCAGAGGCAAUAAUUUGGCAGAUGGGCGCAGGCAUGAAACCCAACCUCAGCCAGAUUGGCAUGGGAAAAGAAAUCUCGGAUAUCCUGCUCUUCUGCUGGGCCUUUGAACAGGAAGAGCGGCCCACCUUCACCAAGCUCAUGGACAUGCUAGAGAAACUGCCAAAGCGAAACCGCCGCCUAUCGCACCCCGGGCAUUUCUGGAAGUCUGCAGAACUGUGACCAUGGACAUGGGCCAGCAUCACCCCCAAACCACCUCUUCUUCCCUGCUCUGCCCUCUGCCACCUCAGGAGGCCCAGGCUCACCACCAGGGGGGUCCCGACACAACCCAGCCUGGGAGACCCGUGACAUGAAGACCACGGAGGUUGACAGCAUCUUGGACCUGCACCCCUUUACUCAGGCAGUAUCAGGGACCCCUGAGCUAGGAUAAGACUGGACCAGUGAGGCUCCAGUGCAGGUACAGAACUGCUGACUGAACACCACCCCUCCGGGCUGUGGAGACCAAGGCACACAGCCCUGUGGACAGACUCUCUCACAGGACCGGUGCGCGCACAUGUGUCUACGUGUGGACGGGGCCUCCAGCUUUCUUUGCACCCGGACAAACCUGCCCAGCUAUGGAGUGUCCCAGCUGUGCUUUCCCAGAACACAGGACAGGGAUGGAAGCAGGAAAGACAGACCUGCUCCCUUGAGUCAAGGCUCCCAGGUCAAGGUCAGAGUGGGGAGAGGUGGGCUAAGCUUGUGAACCUCUGUUUUCAGAGGCCCCAUUCCAAGCUGGAAGUGACUGCUAGCCCCUGGGUGCACAGCUCCGAAGGACACUAGGCAGUUCUCUGUGUCUUUUUAGCACGGGGGUCUCCCUGGGGACCUUCCUUCAGCUUCACCUUCAUCCUGUUUUCUAAGAACAUCAUCCUGACUCAACUCACUGCCCACCCUCGCCUGGGCAACUCGAGAACACCAUAGCUUCUCAGCUGAUAGAACAUCUGGGGGUCCUUUAUAGCAGGCCAUCAUUCAUGGCACCUCCAAAGUCUGAGGCCUGAGAACUGGGGCUGUGUGAAGAGGAUUCUGGUAUAUUCUCUUCAGCGGCGUUGACACUGCUGGAGUUGGCUCUUUCACGGUGAUGGAUACAGGUCCUGGGUAGACAUAGCGGGCUGCAUGGGUGUGCGGAUAGCUGUUUACAGAGGUCUCCCUGACUCUCACCCGCUGCGUUCCUCAUCAAGGCUCGAGUGGGGAAAGCAUGUGUGGAGUUUCCGUGGUCUCUACUCUGGCCUGGUGCUGAGUCCUCCGAGUGGAUUCCCCACUCAGGGCCCUGUGGCCCUGUGCCACCCACCUAUUCUGCCCACUCAGCCCAUCUAUCAUGUCGUCUUUCUCUCCCCGCUGGAGAUGGAAGCAUUUCUGGUCUGUGUUGUUCUGCCCCACCCCUCCCCCACCACAGAAUCCCUCCUGAGGGAUACUGAGAACAGGUGGUACUGGAGUGAAUGCAAGGGAGUGCCCUGAGGUUAUGGAUUCACAUUUGCAAAGCCCUGUCCCCAGUGAUCAGACUUGACACCAGAAGAAAAGCUGUCCCUAAGCAGAGAAACUAGCGGAGGUAGCAGGAUAGAGAAAUCCAGCCCAGCAUCCAGUAUUGUCCCCUUCCUUGGUGGCCCUAUUGGAUGCACACCCUGGGGCCAAGCCUGCUUACAGAGCAGGAAGAUUGAUUGACAGGGGUCUCACUUCAAGGGAGACUUACCCUACGGCACCCUCAAGCCUUUUGCAGGGCCUGUUCUCAAAUCCCAUUGCAAAGCUCCCUCUACCUGCGUCAGGGGACCUGGGGCCCCACACAAAGCUGCUUCCAUGUGAACAUCUCUAUCCUGGUGACAUCUGUGUCUCUGACUCGGCAUUCAUGCAUCUUGGAGACAUUUUACACACGUUCACUUAUGUCCCGGGGCUCCGGUAUCUCUAAGGACCACUCUUAUCAGGAGUUGCGUCCUCAUCUAAGAAGCCCCCUCCAGAACCCAUCCUUGUGGUCAGGGCUGCGCUGAGACCUGCCCCAGCAACAUACCAAACACCUAGAAUUUAGUUCCUCCUUUCUCUUUAAUCCCAUCAGGACCUCUUUGGUCCGUAAAACUCCAGUCUGUCACAUGCCUUUGUAUCAAGAGAGGAAGUAAGAGAAGAGAGGGCCAGGGAGGGCUGAGCCACUGGGAACCAGAAGUGUCACUAGGUGCUGGAAGACACUCAUCUGCUUCUGCUGUUUGCCAAUAAUGACCCAGUAGAGGCCAGAAAGGGAGAUCUCUUCACAGGUCCAGGUUCCCCAGGGCAGCCAGAGGAAGACAUCUCUUUACAAGGAGCCACUGGCUAGUCAUCUAGCUCCCGGGGUUCUGUCCUGCACUGGGUCCAUGACUCUGUGUAGGAUCACAGACUUAAAGAAACAAAAGUGUGGUGCCAACCUACCUGUAAUCCUGGCACUGUGGAGGCUAAGGCAGGAGGAUAACAAGUUCGAGGACAGCCUGGGCUACAUAGGAUUUCUGAAGACCCAUUUGUGAUUAAGGACUUGAUUGGUACAGGGAGAGCCCCAGCCUUCUUGGCUCCUAAGUCACUCUCCUGCUUAUGGUACCUGGGUCCCUUGAGCCUAGGUCUGGGUCAGGUGUCUCCUCUUCACUCUUGCUCCUUCCUCACCUCCACGUCCACUGAGACCUGUGCCUCGGGUCAGAUUCCAUCCCUCCCUGGCUUCCUCCCUUCCUCCCCUAACAGGCCCUGGCUUGCCAGCAGCCUCUUAAUGUGCAAACACUUAAAUCCUGGGACAAAGAACUUCAGUGUCUUCCCAGAGGAAGCGUCUGAGGCUGAUCUGUUCCUCUACCCUGCGCUGAGCCGAAAGAAGAGAGGAGGCCGUGGAGUUAGAUGCGUUUCCCCUUUAACUGCAGGCCCGUCCAGCACCUCACUCUGUACAGCCACACCAGCUACCCACUCCACUAACAUCAAAUGGCUUCUGUCCCUGCCUCAUGUUGCAGAUCUUCAAGGCACAGGUUUUUAGAGGUGACAAGUCCAUUCUAGCCUUGUCUGGAGACACCUCCUGUGUCUCCAUCCCCAGAGCUAAGCCAGAAACUUCAAGGGGCCCCUUGGAUUGCUCGGCCCAUGUUCUCUCUUACAGGUCAAAGGGGGAGAAUCGGCCUGUCCAGUGCUCAGUCCCCUUGUUCUCUGUAGCAUCUUGACUUCUUGGCCAAUAGGAAAGCUAGAUGGGUGUUGCUAGGUAGGUGGCUAUAUUCAAGAUACUUAGGUCAGGAGGUGGGUAGAGUACUUGUCUAAUACCACAAAGCCCUGAGUUCCAUCCCCAGUAACACACAAGCCAGAUAUCAUGGUGCAUGCCUAAGUUCCAUACACAAGAGUUAGCGGCAGGAGCAUCAGAAGUUCAAAGUCAUCCUUGACUAUAUAGUGAGUUUGAGACCAGCCUGGGCUUCAUAAGACCUUGUCUUGAAAAGUAUUUUUUUUAUAAAUUUAGGAGAUUUGCCGCCUCCCAUCCCAUGUUCACACACUGCAUAGCUCCCCAAAUAUGCACAAAGCCAGCCUCCCCUCAUCUCCCAUAGCCCUUGUCCCUAGCUGCACAUGGUCACCUGAUGUGAACACAUCAAGCAAGUGCCACACACUUAACCUGGGGUCAUCGAGCUCCAGGCUGCAAAGUGGUUUUGACAUCCUUUGUAACGGAGGAUGAAAAGAUAAUCUAAAGAGGAAAAAUAUGACUCAGGAAAAUUCAGUGCAAUUCAGAUUUCCCAUCAGUCCCGUAUUAUCCCCAGCAAUGACAAAAUUAUUUGCAAGAGAGACCCCGGAACCCAUAGAGUCAAACUAUAUUGUUGCUUGGUCAGGGGCCAACAUGACUGUCUUAUGAGACAGUGGGCUGUCUUAAUGAUGAAUAAACCAACCAGAGUAGAAGGGGCCAGAGGCUGUGGGAAGCAGCCUACAGAGGUGCAAAAGCUGAGAAGGGACAGGCAGCGUCUUGGCCCUGGCCAGGCGUUGUGUCUGCCAGCACCGUGAAUGAAGCCCUUGAGGCUAUUGUGAGCUAUCAGAUGUGUCAACUGUCACCCACAGACUGCCUGCACCCCACAACGGCUGUGAACAUGAGCAGCAUAUGGAAAACAUCAAGGGGUUUUGUUUUGUUUUUUGGUGUUGUUUGGUGGCUUCCUUUUUAGGCAUCAGAGGUGCAGGAUGCCUGGCUAGCUAGACUUCAAGGCUGCCUUGAUCAGCCAGCAAUGUUAGCACAGACACAGGCUGGCUUAAACAACACACACUCAUUUCUCCCAGAGCUGGGGUACUCUGCUGUGCCUUCAUGCCAUCUCUUGUCUCUAGUGUCUUUUUUUUUUCUGUGAUUACUAAGAACACUGCAUUUAUCCUUGCUUAGGGUCCUACCCCUCUGACCUCUUCAAAGAUGCUUUCUGUGGGUGUGAUGUUGAGGGCUUCCCCAGGAGAUGCUGGGGAAAGACUCAGCAUGAGCGUUGUGGGAAGUCACCCUUCAGUUCUGUACCAAGACCCUGGAGGUAACUGAGGCCGUGGGUUUCAAUACCUGCAGGCCUCCCGUCUCUGGCUUUUUGUUCCUACACUGGCCCCCAGCUUGAGUCCCCAAGCAGACCCUUCCUGUCUGUCUUGCCGGUCUUCAUUACACCGUUCACCCUCCUGGCAACUGGUCUUGUUGCUGCUAUGUUGGCUUCUGUGGCAAACUACCACACACCAAGAGGCUUUUCACUGUCCUGCUGGUCCAAAGUCCAAAACAAAAUGUCCAUCCCAUCGGAACUCGCCAGCGUUUGCUUGCUGCCUCCUGACACGUGCUGCACAUGAUGAAUUCAACACCCCUUGGCUUGUGGGAGCCCCUCUCCAGCCUCUACUUUUGUCCCCACCAGCCACACUGGUCUCCUUGCAUCUCUACCUCUGUGUGGCUCUUCUAUGUGGUCCCAGUCCUGAUGAACCAGGACACUGUGUAUGCGUUAUUUUUCUUGUGACUCUAACCAAAUGCCUCAGAGAAGCAACAUAAGGGAGGAAUUAUUAUAUAUUUUGACUCACAGUUUCAGAGGGCCCAGUCAUCUAUGGCUGCCUGGCUCUGUGUUCCUGGGCCUGUCUUGAGGCAGACCGUGAUCGUGGUGUGAAGGUGAGGAGGGGGAGCAUGUUCAUCAUGGUGGAUGAGGACGAGGAGGGGGGUUCCUCAUGGCAAAUAGGAAGGAGAGAGUGUGAGAGAGCAAUACAGGGAGGGGUCAGGGUAAAAUGUCUCAUGGCCAUGUCCCCACCGGCCCACUUCCUUCAGCUGGGACCCACCUCCUGCCCUUGAGUGUGGCACUGUGAAUCCCUCCAGGGCCUCGUAGUAGAUUAGGUCAGAGGUAUCGAACUGUCUUCAGAAACAUCAUUACAGACCCCACACCCAGAGGUGCCUCGCUGAUCCCUUGAAAAGUAUCUCUUAAUUCUGUCAAGUUGACAGUCAAGGUUACCUAUCACAUCCCCUUACUCAAGUGUGACCUCAUCUGAAGUAAUACACCUGUGUUGCCCUGCUUUGAAUCAGGGCCCGUCAGGAGGCCCCAGGACACGACUCACACUCUAGCACUCCCCAGCAACUCCCCUGUGUGGAGGUGUCAUGAUGGCUCCCCCAGAUAGAUUUCCCAGAACCCCUGGGCUACUUCUCAGUCCUACGCAUGACGCCACGUCCUGUUCUUGAGUCCUGAAAGUCAUAGACUUAGUAUGUGAUUGGUAAAAAUGGGCCAUGUGGGCGCAGCAGUAAGCUCUUUGGGAUGAGGGCCUAGAAAGAUCUGUGUAUAAUAGAUCUAGAAGAAUGAAGAUCUAGACCAAAGAGAGUGAAUGUGUAAUGUCUCUAUCAUUGCCACCCCUUCUUCUACCCUUGGCAGACAUUACUAAUCAAUUUCAGCACACCUUUCAACUACACCAAUAGAGUACUAGCCAGGUAAGCCCCAAAUAUGACUAUACAUGCUGGAAAGGGAGGAUAGGUCCCUCAUAAAGCUCAUUCUAACCAUCAAUGGUGGCAUUAGACCUCAUGCCUCAGAACUUUCCAGAAACCCAGUCACUUGGGCUCUCUCGAUUGAUAGUCUGCCUAUACAGGAUUCAUUUUCCAAUUAGGGGAUUUAACAAGCUAGGAAAGGAUUCUUUCCUAGUAGCCAUGUAGCUGGUACCAUUUAGUAAACUGUUUGAUUCUUGGGGAGAAUCAUUUAUUCUCUGGGACAGCUUCCCUACCACAAAACAGCUGGACUUGGUAGCCCCAAAGAUGGAUACCAGGAAAGAUAGCUGCAGGCAUACUGGUAGGCUCAGGAGCAGGGAGAAGGUAUGAAGUGCAGCCAGGAAAGUCAGGAUAUGUGGUGUAAGGUGUCGAGGAAAAAGAACCUGACCCUAACUGCCUUUUAGUCUCUUGCCUGUAUGAGAGACUCAAAAUCAAGUUUUAACCCAAAUGGCUUCUGAGGUCCUAGCAGACCCCAAAUUCGCUCUACUCCUAAACCCUUAAAAUGCCAAUGUGGUGACCAAUAGGACCUUGCUUGGGCCACCUCUUCAUCUCUUCCCAUGUGCUGAGGAAGAAUGAAAAGUAGCCAUCAUGGACUUAACCUAAGUGAACUCUGCAGAGCAGUACCCCUUUCCAGGGAGCUGGCAGCCUUUGUCUGUGGCUAUGGGAAAUUCACAUCGUGGAUUCUUAGAUUUGAAAGUCUGAUGGUUCAAAUUAAUACUUAGUUCUCUUUUCCAUGACUUCAAAGGGAAAAUCCCAGCCUGGCUAUUUUCUUCAUGUCUUAAAAUGCCUUGACUUCUCUCCAUCAGCCACUGCAGGUGCCAGGAUAGGAGAAAUGCUAGGUCCAGCAUUGCAAGAGGGGACUCUGCCAUGACGGGCCAUGCCCAGGAAACAGCCCAUCACAAAAAUAGAUGUCUUUGAUAUACAGAGGACUAGGGGGCCUCGCAGGGGCCAUGAGUGCACAUGAGUAUGGGCAGUGGUCCAUGCAUGGAGGUGAGGCUGAGGUCUGAAGGAGGAGGAGGAGGCAGGCAGGUCAGACUGACCAAAUUAGACAUCUAUUAAUCUUGGCGCUGUUGACCUUAGACCUAGUCACUUCUUGGGUUCCUAUUGUAGCCCAGGCUAGCCUUGAACCCUUGAUCCUCCUGUCCCUGGUGGAGAAACAGCCACUAAACACAGUAAUAGAACAUGACAUCUCUGUCCCUGAUCUGGGUGUGGCCGAUGGAAAAGUCUCUGUAUCACGUCUCUAGUCAGACCCAGGGGAGCCAGCGGCCCAGAACUGGAGGAGGAGAUAGAGGGGAAGUGGGCACUGUAAGAGACUGGAGCUUGGUGAGCACUUUGGAAUUUGACAUAUGUGGCCACCAAGUGCCUCCUGGGAUAAAAGCUGGGCCACUGGGACUCUGUUCCCUGAGGGUCAAUGAACCCCAUCCUCAUCCUGCCCAGAGUGGAGCAUUGAAUUUAUGGGUGUCUCUGCUGUACAUGGGUUAGUCACCGGCCCUUCUCCUUAAAGCCUGCCCUUGUCUGCUUUGGUUUCUCCAUCAUGCUCUCCCGCCACGCUCGUACAGAGCUCUGUUGUGUCGGCUACUGACCCACAGACCUAGAGGAACACACUAGAAAGUCCCACCACAGAUAGUCUGGCUGUGCCUCCUCUGGACAUUGUGCCUCACUCCACACAGGGGCCACUGGAGCACUGACAUCAAGGACACACAGGAACGUGGAGAUGAGUUGAUGGAAAGACUCCCUCACACCCUACGUAAUUCUCUAGAGAAAUGGGCAAAAUGCUGAUUUGUUAUCGAAGAGGCUGACAUAACCCAGGGGCCAUAGAGACUCCCAGACUGAAUCUGUAAUGGGACCUAAAGUGUAGCAGAGAAUGCAUUAGCUCUCUCGGUAGGUGGGGUUUCUUCCGUUGAGACACAGAAAGCAGCACCUUGGCCAGCUAUAGAACUCUCUGGGGUGGGGGCUCUCAGACCUGUUUCUCCAACUCACACUUCUCUCUCUACUUCCUCUGACUAACUGUGACCUUGCCAACAAGCUCCGUGUCCUGAGCUCUGCAGGAGCAUGCUUGGACUUUCGUAGCUUUACAAAGCCCUUAACCCUCCAUCUUUGCUGGUCCCCAUGUAGAUGGCUGCUGUCAAUAAACAGUGGCUCCUUAUCACCCCAGUCUCUGACAUCUCGGAACCCAAAUGAACGCCUCACCCCAUAGCGUACCUCUCAGGAUACCCUGGGCACUUGCAGCUGAGACCAAGAGGUGGUAGGCGUCUCCUACCCGUUUAGAUACUGAUGACCUGGAGACAACCGGAUCUCCCAAGGAACAGCUUGAAACAGCUUCCAGGUAGAGGGGGUGGGCAACCUAACAGAAGGAACCGAGAAAUCUCCAGAAAGACCCUGCCCUGACCAUCAAGGCCUUUGUAGAAGCAGGAAGCUUUCCCUCCUGUCCCACAGCCCCAAGGUCAAAGCCAAGGCUGUCAUUGGGGGCACACAAGUCUGGCUUCACAGGCAAGCAGCCUUGCUAUGGCAGGCCAAACUCUGCAGCCCACUUUCCCACUCCAGAUCUGUUGUUCCUACUUCUCUGACUUUUGGUCUUUCAUGGCGGUCUGCUCUACAGACCCUUCUGUCGCAUGUCCCAAGAGGUGGACAGCUCUCCAAGUCACCAACUUGAGGAAAAUCCCUCGUUGUAAAAAAUGGCUUUCUUUGUAAAUUACUCUGUUGUCUUUUUCUAAACAAAGUAUAUAUAUAUAUACCUAUAAAUGCUAUAUAUAUAUUAUAUAUGUGUAUAUAUAUAAAGACUAAUUCUUGUACAGCCCUCUGCGGACCUCAGGCCCACACUGUUUUCUCCAUGUCUGUCUGUAUUGACUGUUGCAGAAUGAGCUGAUGUAUGACCUAGGCUUCCCAUUUCCUUCUGGAUCACUGUCUCUUCCUCUUUCUAGAUCUGUGUUAUUCUCUGUCUCUUUCACUUGUUGCCAACAUGUUGCUGGGAAAGAAUAUUUGAUUUAGAUGCCAUCCAAGAAAACAAGCAGAAUGGGUGUAUGGGUGAUGAAUAGAUGAACGGAUGGAUGGGUUUGGUGGAUGGAUGGAUGGAUGGAUGGAUGGAUAGAUGGAUGGACAGACGGACGGACGGACGGACGGACGGAUGGAUGGAUGGAUGGAUGGAUAGCUUAGUGGAUGAGUAGAUGGAUAGGUGACUGGUUAGAUUGAUGGAUGUGUGGAUGGGUGAGUGGGUGGAUGAAUGGGUAGGCAGAUGGGUAGAUGGAUAGGUGGGUAGGUAGAUGGAUGGAUGGAUGGAUGGAUGGAUGGAUGGAUGGAUGAAGGAUGUAUGAAUGUAUGAAUGGGUUGAUGUUGAAUUGAUGUUGGAUGAAAGGGUGGGUGGAUAGACAGGUAGGUAGAUAGCUGGAUGGAUAGGUGGAUAGACUGAUGGAUUGGCAGACGGGUGGGUGGAUGGUCCACUGUGUAUAUUUGUACAGAUCAUUUAUAAAGUUUUCUACACUUCUCAAAAAAGUAUUUCUAACCUGGGCUGUUGGACAGUCUGUGAGCUUGUGAGCCGGCAAGCCUGUUGUUUCUUGUGUUUAGUGCAAUGUUUAGUGAGAAUCCAAUGUCUGAGUUAUUUAUGCCAAUAAAGAAUUUGAGAAUU